AAUAACUCUAGGAAUGAGAGAAGCAACAACAAAUUAAACAAGCACCAACAACCCUUGUUUGGUCUUGUGGAUGUAACAAAACAUGUCAUUGAUGGCAAGUGAAUGAACCUUUGACAAUCAUAUGACCAAAUUGGAUUGUUUCCACUCAAGAGGUGGCUGCUAUAAUUAGGAGCUUCUUACAAGUGAUUUCCCUGUUCGUGAAGACUUUUCUUUCCCCCAUACAUGCAUCCCCCCACAAUCUGUAACGAUCAUUGGCAACUUCUGACAUCAUAUCUGUGAUUGUGAGUGUGAGGAGCUUGAGGUUUAAGAGCUUCAAGCAAAAGUGCAAACCCCAGUUCAGUUGCAAUGGAGUUAACUCCAAGAGGAAGAAACCAAGGUCAUGUGUUGACCUUUGAUAGAGAUGCAGAUUCGUUUGUGGAGGAAGAUAAGGAGCUUCAGUCCAAGUGGGCUGCUAUAGAGAAACUACCCACUUUCAAAAGGAUUAAGACUUCUUUUGUUGAUGUCAGUCAGGAGGAGAGUGGAAGCAGCAGCAGAGAAGCAGAUGGCAAAAGGGUGGUUGAUGUUACCAAGCUUGGAGCAGUGGAAAAGCGUUUGUUCAUUGACAGGCUCAUCAAGCACAUUGAGAAUGAUAACCUCCAAUUGCUGCAGAAACUAAGAGAAAGGAUGGAAAGAGUUAAUGUGAAGUUACCCACUGUGGAGGUCAAGUACAAGAACCUGCAUGUUGCAGCAGAAUGUGAGGUUGUUCAAGGGAAGCCACUCCCAACUCUAUGGAACUCUUUUUCUAGCUCUCUUUCUGGAUUCAUGAAGACUAUAUCUUGUAAUUCUCAAGGAGCAGAAAUAAGCAUUCUGAAUGAUGUCAGUGGUAUCAUAAAGCCAUCAAGGCUUACUCUUCUUCUUGGUCCACCAGGCUGUGGGAAAACGACCUUGUUAAUGGCACUGGCUGGAAAACUAGAGCAAUCUCUCAAGGUUUCUGGAGAAAUCUCUUACAAUGGUUACAAGCUAAAUGAAUUUGUUCCUCAAAAAACAUCAGCUUACAUAAGCCAGUAUGACCUGCAUGUUCCAGAAAUGACAGUGAGAGAAACAAUUGACUUUUCAGCACGCUGUCAAGGUGUUGGAGGCAGAGCUGAUCUAGUGGCUGAAAUCACCAGGAGAGAAAAAGAAGAAGGAAUCAUCCCUGACCCAGAUAUUGAUACCUAUAUGAAGGCAAUUUCAGUUGAAGGACAAAGUGAAAAUCUUCAAACAGAAUACGUUUUAAAGAUUCUUGGACUGGAUAUCUGUGCUGACAUACUGGUAGGUGAUGCACUAGAUAGAGGUAUUUCUGGUGGACAGAAGAAAAGGCUAACUACAGGAGAGAUGAUUGUGGGUCCAAUAAAAGCUCUUUUUAUGGAUGAAAUAUCAACCGGCUUGGACAGCUCCACGACCUUUCAAAUAGUUACAUGUCUCCAGCAAUUGGUGCACAUCACAGAUGCAACCGCAGUGCUUUCACUGCUUCAACCGGCACCUGAAACCUUCGAGUUAUUUGAUGAUCUUAUAUUGAUGGCAGAGGGGAAGAUAGUAUACCAUGGCCCCCGCAGUCAAGCACUCCAAUUUUUUAAGGAUUGUGGUUUCUGGUGCCCAGAAAGAAAAGGAGUGGCAGACUUUCUUCAAGAGGUGAUCUCUAAGAAGGAUCAAAGGCAAUACUGGUACCGCACAGAUAUUCCUUACAGAUACAUUUCAGUGGAUGAGUUCUCUCAAAUAUUCAAAUCAAGUUAUUGGGGAAGAAUGUUAAAUGACGAGCUCUCACAGCCAGAUGAUAAAUCUCAAUCCCAUAAAAAUGCUUUAUCGUUUAGCAAGUACUCAUUGGGAAAAUGGGAUCUGUUUCAAGCUUGUAUGAAGAGGGAGAUUCUUCUCAUGAAACGAAACUCGUUUAUCUAUGUAUUUAAAACUGCACAGCUUACAAUCACAGCAAUCAUAACAAUGACAGUGUUCUUACGUACUCAGCUGGCUGUGGAUUUGAUAGGAUCAAACUAUUUAUUGGGUUCAUUGUACUAUACACUUGUCCGCCUCAUGACUAAUGGCGUUGCAGAGUUGAUCAUGACUAUUACUAGACUCCCUGUAGUUGAUAAGCAGAAGGCAUUCUAUCUCUAUCCAGCUUGGGCUUACUGCCUUCCGGCUGCGAUUCUAAAGAUUCCGUUUUCUGUACUUGAUUCUAUUGUUUGGACAUCAGUUACAUAUUAUGUUAUAGGCUACAGCCCUGAAAUAACAAGGUUCCUCCGCCAGUUUCUUUUGCUUGUCACUUUGCAUAUGUCAUCAACCUCCAUGUGCCGUUGCCUUGCUUCAGUUUUCAAAACUGAUGUUGCAGCUACAACAGUUGGUUCCUUGGUCUUAGUACUGAUGUUCUUGUUUGGUGGCUUUAUUCUUCCUCGGCCAUCACUACCAUGGUGGUUGAGGUGGGGAUUUUGGCUUUCCCCCAUGUCAUAUGGGGAAAUAGGAAUAACAUUAAAUGAAUUUCUUGGUCCUCGCUGGCAAAAGAUCAAAGAGGGAAAUAUCACUGUAGGAAAUGAGGUUCUCAGAAGUCAUGGUUUAGACUUUGACAGUAACUUCUACUGGCUAUCAGUUGGAGCUCUACUUGGUUUCACAAUCCUAUUUGAUUUUGGAUUUGUCUUGGCAUUAACAUACAUAAAACAGCCUAAGAUGUCUCGAGCUUUAGUCUCAAAGAAGAGGCUCACUCAACUAAGGGGACAAGAAAAAAGCAACAGUGUGGAACUGAGGUCAGUUACUGUUGAUAUUGGCCACACAACAAGGGAAAAUCAAAACACAGGGAAAAUGGUCCUGCCGUUUGAGCCACUGACGAUAGCAUUCAAGGAUGUCCAAUAUUUUGUUGACAUUCCUCCGGAGAUGAAAAAACAUGGUUCUGAUGAGAAAAGGCUACAAUUGCUCCGUGAUAUCACAGGAGCCUUUAGGCCAGGAAUUCUCACUGCACUGAUGGGGGUGAGUGGGGCAGGGAAGACUACUCUGAUGGAUGUUCUUUCAGGAAGAAAAACUGGAGGUAUCAUUGAAGGAGAUAUAAGAAUUGGAGGAUACCCCAAAGUGCAAAAGACAUUUGCAAGAGUUUCAGGUUACUGUGAGCAGAGUGACAUACAUUCUCCAUAUAUAACUGUUGAAGAAUCUGUCACAUACUCAGCUUGGUUGCGGUUGCCAACAGAAAUUGAUUCGGUCACAAAAGGGAAGUUUGUUGAAGAAGUCCUUGAAACAAUUGAACUUGAUGAUAUAAAGGAUUGUUUAGUUGGCAUCCCUGGCCAAAGUGGCUUAUCUACCGAACAACGUAAAAGACUAACCAUUGCAGUGGAGCUUGUUUCCAAUCCAUCAAUAAUAUUUAUGGAUGAACCUACAUCUGGUUUGGAUGCUCGAGCAGCUGCCGUUGUUAUGCGGGCAGUGAAGAAUGUUGUUGCCACUGGCAGGACUACAGUUUGCACUAUACACCAACCGAGCAUUGACAUAUUUGAGACUUUUGAUGAGUUGAUUCUAAUGAAAUCUGGAGGACAGAUUAUUUAUAGUGGAAUGCUAGGCCAUCAUUCAAGUAGACUGAUUGAUUAUUUUCAGAAUAUACCUGGGGUGCCAAAGAUCAAGGACAAUUAUAAUCCUGCAACCUGGAUGUUGGAAGCUACCUCUGCAUCUGUAGAAGCAGAACUUCAAGUAGAUUUUGCACAGAUAUAUAAAGAGUCACACCUUUAUAGGGAUACCCUUGAAUUGGUGAGAGAGUUAAGUGAACCACCGCCAGGUUCAAGAGACUUGCACUUUUCAACUCGCUUCCCGCAAAAUAACUUGGGGCAGUUCAUGGCAUGCCUAUGGAAGCAACACUUGUCCUAUUGGAGAAGUCCUGAGUACAACUUAACACGUUUCAUUUUCAUGGUUGUUUGUGCAAUAAUAUUUGGGGCAGUAUUUUGGCAGAAAGGGAAUGAAAUAAACAAUCAGCAGGAUUUGUUCAACGUACUUGGAUCAAUGUAUAUUGCUGUAAUAUUCUUGGGUCUAAAUUACUGUUCAACAAUUCUACCAUAUGUGGCUACCGAGCGUGCUGUCUUGUAUCGAGAAAAAUUUGCUGGAAUGUACUCGUCUACAGCUUACUCAUUUGCACAGGUGGCCAUUGAAAUACCAUACAUUUUAGUGCAAUCAAUUUUAUAUGUGGGUAUCACAUAUCCAAUGAUAGGUUUCGAAUGGUCAGUUCAGAAAGUGUUUUGGUACUUCUACACCACUUUCUGUACAUUUUUGUACUUUGUAUAUCUUGGAAUGAUGAUAAUGUCAUUGAGCGUAAAUCUCGAUAUAGCUUCGGUAUUGUCAACUGCAGUCUACACCAUAUUCAAUCUCUUUUCUGGAUUCCUCAUGCCAGGACCGAAAAUUCCUAAAUGGUGGGUUUGGUGCUACUGGAUUUGUCCCACUGCUUGGUCCUUGAAUGGCCUCUUAACUUCACAAUAUGGAGACAUGGAGAAGGAGAUACUCAUAUUUGGGGAGAAAAAACCAGUUGGUUCCUUUCUAAGAGAUUACUAUGGGUUUCGGCAUGAUAGAUUAAGCCUUGUGGCUGGGGGCUUUCUAAGAGAUUACUAUGGGUUUCGGCAUGAUAGAUUAAGCCUUGUGGCUGUGGUGCUCAUUGCUUACCCACUUAUUUACGCUUCUCUGUUUGCCUAUUGCAUUAGAAAAAUGAAUUACCAAAAGAGAUAGAUACACACACAGUUUGGCUCCUCUGCAAUAUGGUGGCUUCGAUUUUUCAUGUAUAGAAAUAUAGAAACAUGUGGCAACAUAGAUUAGCAAGACCUCUACUACAAAAUGUUUAUAUGUAAUAUUAAAAAAAAAAAAAAACAGUUUUAUUGUUGGUACUGUAGACUCUGGCGGGAAGAGGAAGAAAAUGAAGAACAAUGGGAGAGAGACCAGGGACUUACAAAGAUGUCAACAAGUGAGAUAGGUUUAUGAGACUUGUAGUUCUUUUAUUUUUUUCAAGAACAAGCUAGUUAUUUAGUGAUAAAGAAUAUUCAAGUUGUACAAGUUAAAAUAACACUUUUUCAAUAAUAAAAAUGAGGGCUUAAAAAA